UUCAUUAGAAUACAUUUCGAUUACAUUCUUAAAUGGCAGUUGGCCUUAAGAAUAACAACAUUUUACAAUCAAGUGUUUAACAAUGAAGUAUUCAUACCUUUUACUGUCGUUGAUUUUUAUCUUUUGUACUUUAGAGUACGCGUCAGCACAGAACCACGAGUCAGACCACUUAGAACUACCAAAUGAAUUGAGUGUGCAAUAUUUGAAUGUAUCAGUAGAAGAGAUUCUGAUGAGUUGCGAUCGAAUGGGAAGGUGUCUGUCAGAAAAAAGUCGUAUAAUCAGUGAUGUAAUUCAAAAUGGUGGUCUGCGGAUGAUAGAUCAGUUUGCAAGCAUAAUGAGGAACAGAUCUUCUGUUACCGAUGCUGAUUGGGACACACUUAUACAUCAUCGCUGUGAACUAAAUGUACCUAUGCAAAUGAUGGUAACUAUCAGUAUGGAAAUUGCUUGGACUUGCAUUUUAAGAGACACGCACGUACCCCGCGAAAAUAUUCAACGUUUUCAUCGAGAGUGGGUAAACGAAUACUGUGCCAGAGUACGGAGGCUCGCCCUGCGUCAAUAUCAUCAAAAUGAAAAUCGUCACUGAAACAACUUGUCAUUGGAUUAUCCAAGCAAUAAUGAUUGAAAUCGUUUCAUAUGUUUACUAAUGUUUGUAAUAAUAAAUAAAUUGAGUUUUGUCUAUACCUAUACUAUA